AUGACGACGGAAAAACCUGACGUCUCGAAAGCAGAAGAACGCGAGAUCGACAAAGAAUAUCUUGCUUCUUUAGGUGUGAAACCUGAUUUUCCUUCUUUCUAAAUUAUAUAUUCAGAAAAAAAGUUGAAGUCAUUAAAGGAUCCUAAAAAGAUCACUACCAAGACUUUUCUUAGUGAUCUUGCGAAUCAUCGAGAUAAUCAGGUUUUUUUUACGAAUUAAUUAUUCAAUGGAAAAUUCUGAAGCUUUUCAAUCUUCUCUCCGCUUCCUCAAGUCAGACGACCUCAAAUCCAGACGUCCCUCUAGAGUUUGAAGACAAUUUCACUGACACUCCAAUCGCACCAAACUACUUGCGAAGAAAAGUUGCCCCACAAACGUGUGCAAUAAAUAAACAAGAACUUGCACAUCUCGUCAAGCACGAUUUGACUCAGGUACUCGGAAUUUUACAUUUAUUUUUUUUUUUCAGUUUUUCUGUUUAGAAAGUCCACGACAUAUUCUUGCAACUGGAUCAAACUUCUGAGGAUAGGCUUGAAAGCGAAAAAAUUAUUAAAGAACUCAGAGAUUUGGCCGAUGAGUUGAAGAAAGAGAAAGACGAAGCCUAG